AUGAUCAGCCAGCCAGCACCGCAAAAUCGAUCCGGGGCACUGACGAUUGGGCAAGUGUGGACUACUCGAACAACCUCACUUCUCAACCUUCCGCCCCUCCGCCGAACGAAACCGUCGACACUCCAACAAUUCGUCCAACUAUCCCCCCCUUUCGACAAACUCGGGCAAACGAAAGUCAAGAUGGCUGUUCCAGGCACUCAGAUCUCCAAGCGCAGAAAGUUCGUCGCCGAUGGCGUCUUCUACGCUGAGCUCAACGAGUUCUUCCAGCGCGAGCUGGCCGAGGAGGGCUACUCCGGCGUCGAGGUCCGCGUCACCCCCACGGUAACCGACAUCAUCAUCCGUGCCACCCACACCCAGGAGGUUCUCGGCGAGCAGGGCCGCCGCAUCCGCGAGCUCACCUCGCUCAUCCAGAAGCGCUUCAAGUUCCCCGAGAACUCCGUCUCCCUCUACGCCGCCAAGGUCCAGAACCGCGGUCUCUCCGCCGUCGCCCAGUGCGAGUCCCUCCGCUACAAGCUCCUUAACGGUCUCGCCGUCCGCCGCGCCUGCUACGGUGUCCUCCGCUUCAUCAUGGAGUCCGGCGCCAAGGGUUGCGAGGUCGUCGUCUCCGGCAAGCUCCGCGCCGCCCGCGCCAAGUCCAUGAAGUUCACCGACGGCUUCAUGAUCCACUCUGGUCAGCCCGCCAAGGACUUCAUCGACCACGCCACCCGCCACGUCCUCCUCCGCCAGGGUGUUCUCGGCAUCAAGGUCAAGAUCAUGCGCGGCUCCGACCCCGAGGGCAAGGCCGGCCCCCAGAAGACCCUCCCCGACGCCGUCUCCAUCCUUGAGCCCAAGGAGGAGCAGUCCGUCGUUCAGCCCAUGUCCCAGGACUACGGCGCUAAGGCCGCCCAGGCCCAGGCCGCCGCUGAGGCGCAACAAGCGGAGCAGCAGCCCGAGGCUGGCGAGGAGGCUGAGGCUCAGUCGUAG